AUGGGCAAGAGAAAGCGCAACACUCAGGCAGCCGCGCCGCAGAAGCAACAGAAGCCAUCGAGCUUGCCCACACCCAACGACAGCGAUGACGGCGCAAUCGAGAACGUGUCGCACAUCAGCGCCGUCACGUCGACCGACGAGCUGGAAUUGACCGUCGACACGCUGCGCACCCUCGCCAAAUACCCCGCCCUGAUCAAGUCCAAGGCCUGCAAAGACCUGCGAGCAGCCGUCUACGACUUUCGACAGGCGUGCAACACGGGCGUCAACUCGGCCGCCGAGGGCACCAACCUGACUGCCCGCAUCUCGGGCGCCCUGACAGACGCAAAAUACACCGACGCCCUCAUCCUGCUCGCCGAGAUGCGCAUCCGUGGCGAGACGCCCAAGCUCGGUGCCCUCUGUCGCUGGGUGCGCGAUCUGGACGUCGUCAGCGGCCUGUCGAUGCAGCCGCAGGGCGUCAGCAAGGUCGUCGUGCCUCGCUCAGACAAAGACAAGGAGCUGCUGCGUGUCCUCGAUGCCGUCCUACGAGUCACCGGCCCCACCGACACCAACACCAACGACGCCUUCGACUCGGCCGACCCCAUCGCGCUCCAGCAAGUCUGGAACCUCCGAGACAAGACGCCCAUCCAGACCCGCCAGAGCGUCGACGACAAGUCCAUCUUCAAAGACUGCCCCAGCGACCUUCGCCAACGCUUCCGCAUCAUCGAGACGACAACAGGCCCCAACCGCAAGCCGCCUAACCUCCACCCCGCCGUCCUCUACGCCUCGCAAGACAAUGCCAUCCCGCUUGGCCCCGCCCCCGAGACAACCGUCUUCAAGCACCCCGUCGUGCCCAAUCUCCGCUUGAUCAAGGACGUCCUCACUCCCGCCGAGUGUACCAGCAUCAUCGCCGCCGCAGAGUCGAUCGAGUUCAUCCCCGACGCUCCCAUCAGGGAUGACGGACAAGAGACGAGUAUUUUGGCACACAACUUCUAUUGGAUCGCCGACCAGGCCUUCCACGACAAGCUCUGGGAGAGAGUGCGUCCAUACGUCCCCGAAGAGUCGCAAGGCCGCAAGGUCAGGGGCAUCAAUCGGCGGUUCAGAGUGUACCGCUACGUGCCCGGUGCGGAGUACCGCUGCCACAUUGACGGCGCUUGGCCUCCUUCCGGCAUCGAUCCCCUCACGGACAAGUACCAGUACGACUCUUCGCCCGCCGACGCCCGUCAGUCGUCGCUCUACACCUUCCUCAUCUACCUCAACGACGAGUUCGAGGGCGGUGAAACCUCCUUCUUCAUUCCCAGCGUCCGUGAGGGCGUCAUGAACGCUUACCCCGUCAAGCCCAUCAUGGGCAGCGUCGCCGUCUUCCCUCACGGCGAGGCACAAGGCGCCCUGCUUCACGAAGGUACUGGCGUCACAAAGGGCGCCAAGUACAUCAUCCGCACUGAUGUCGAGUACGACGUUGUUUCUUCCACAGGUUGA